AUGACAAAACCAGGUCACAUAAAUGCUGCUUUCCGUUCAUCUUUCCACAAUGAAAUUUACUUUUUCGUCGAUGAUAAGUACUUCUUGUUUGAAUUAUUUGCAAACGAACGCACAAGCGAACGGAUUUUCUACGAGCUUACUCCUCUUCGUGAUGGUUUCAAAUCACUUAACCAUACCAUUUUUGGAACCUACGGAAUAGAUUGUAGCUUUGACACCGAUAACAACGAAGCAUACAUCUUUUAUGAGAACUUUUGUGCUCUCAUAGACUAUGCGCCGCACUCCGACAAAGACAAAAUCAUCUCGGGUCCUAAAAAAAUUUCAGACGCGUUUCCUUUUCUGAAAGGAACCGUGUUUGAAAACGGAGUAGAUGCGGCUUACAGAUCCACAAUAGGUAAAGAAGUUUACUUAUUCAAAGGAGACAAGUAUGCUCGUAUAGACUAUGGCAAAAACGAGCUUGUUCAAAGUAUUAAGAAAAUUACGGAAGGUUUUCCUUGUUUCAGUGGAACGAUCCUUGAAAAUGGAGUUGAUGCAGCUUUUGCUUGUCACAUUCCCAAUGAAGUUUUUUUCUUCAAAGAUGAAUACUAUGCGCGUGUAGUUGUUACUCCAGGUGCAACUGACGAUUACAUUAAGAAUGGUGUGAGGAAAACUCUUGAAUUUUGGCCAAAUCUUAAUGGCAUAAAAGGUCUUCUUGAUUAA